AGGAGCUGGCUCUCCUGUUUGAGGAGCUAGAUGAAGAUGGUGAUGGUAAAGUGAGCUUCGAGGAGUUCCUUCAUGGCUUAUUUGUGGCCAAAGACAUUCAGCAGUCUGAUGUGGAACCAGAGUGGGAACAGCAUCAUUCAACCCCCUAUAACCACGCCCCUCCACCCACUUCACCAAACUACACUUCGAAAGUAAGAGCCUUGAUAAAUGAACUUUCAGUAACUGGGGAACUUUAAAAUGAAAGCGCUUCAAAUGUAUUUGCUUAAAGUUCUAUUUAUUUACAUAUUUAUUUGUCCUUAUACAUAAUUACAAAGUUAGAUAUUCUCUACUCGCAUAUAACCGAGCUAAUCAAGGCGAGCAGAGCAAAAAAAUAAAAAAAAAAAGCUACAUUUACUAGGCACCAUAUAUUGAAAGUAAUUUUCGAACUCUUUCGUCACAGGGUCAGAGAAGAUCAGUCGUCCAUGACGAUUCUUCAUUUUUUCUGUCAACAAGAACUGCUGGUAGUAGUUCAGCGUUCGGUAAGACAAAUCAUUUAGAGUAAUAAACUUAUUCUUUCGCAAGUGGCUUAACUGCAUACAUCUAGGGCAGGUUACUUAAACUUAGUUAGUAGAGGUGACUGGUUAUGAAAGCAAAGAUCAAGAAAACAGUGCUGGGGAUUAUCUUGGAAGCUACCUGACAGACUCAAUCCUUUGCUUUUUGUUCGCUACCGUGACGUUGUUAUUAGUUAAUAAGAACAAAAUGACAGCGUGCAAAGAAACUGGUGUCUGCUAUUCCGGGGUAGUGGAUUUUGCUAUUGGGCUGUCAAAUUGUGUUCUUAACUUGCCCAAUGGGCAAGUAAAGUUCUUGGAAGAAUUCAAAUUACAGAAGAACUGUACACCAAAAUCUUUUUGCGGGCUAGUUGGAAUGACUUCUCGGCUAGUAUAAUGCUAGCUACAGCUUGCCAAAUGGGAAGCUGUAAAACUGACUUUCUUUGCACCCUGAAAUGAUAGGAAUGCUAUUAAACUUUGUGCAUAGUAAAGACCCAAAAACGCAUAACAAAAGAGUCUGACGAACCUCGUAACCAUUCCACUCUAUUAACUAUGAUUUAAAUGAAUUCUAACAUAUAGAGUGUGGCUUUACCAUGAAGUUUGUUUACAAGUUUAGUGGGCUAUUUUAAAGUCCUGGUCUCAGUAAAACACUGUUUUGACUGCUUUGGUCUUCCAGGUUGAAAAUAACGUAGAAUGUUUGACAAGAUCACUGUUGCAAAGUAGUACUUUUUACGGGUCAUUACAAGAAAAUACCACUCGCUCAGAAGCCAAUCAGAGCGCGCGUACUAUCCUUGUCAUAUUUAUAAUAAACGUGCAUAACUAUACUGUUCUUAAGUGAAAAUUAAAGCUUUGAAAGGUAAUCAGGAUUUAUUCUAGGAAUUGGCCAAUUUGUAAACUUGUCAGUAGAGUAUCUGGACAUUAUUGUACCAUUUGGUUUGAAAUUAAUUUUUUUUCUUGGCCUACUUGCUUUUUGCAUUGUCGUAACGGCCGUUUUCACAAGUGGGAAAAGGCGAUCACACUUCAUUCUUGAUUUGCUGCAUUUACGCGGCAUUAUUUUUCAAAUCGCAGAAUGCCGCAAUGCCGUGUUCUAGAGUCAACCUUGCGUAAUAGGAAGCUUUCAAUCUACAUCAUUUUUCUUAAAUGUCAUCUGUGAUCCACGAGUCGGUCCACUGGACUAAUUUGUUAUUAAAGGGAUUUGGAGUGACGUCUACAGCAAACGACAACGUGAAUUUGUACCACGUGACUAAGUCUUCUUUGUUGACUGUAAUAAUUGUUUGGUGCAGUUUUUAUCUGCUUAUUUUCUAUUUUGAGAAAUUCUGAACUUGAUUCUGGCGUCUGGCGUUUGCCUUUAGCAUGACUCUAAAUCUCUCUAUUAUCUCCAACAUUACCUUAUUCUAACAUCACUUUACUUUAUUUUUUGCAGAUCUUAUGAGUCUAUUAGAUACCGAAAAUACCGGGUGAGUGCAAACCUGAAGCCCUACUCAAACGGCCUUGACAAACGAUGAUUCAGGUUUUGGGCCGAAAACUACCAAUUCUUAAAGAAUUAAUGAAUAUUAUUAUUUCGACUGUCUAGUACAUAUAUACUAGUCUCAUCUUUUUCUUCUUUUCUCGGUAAGGUUUGCUAAAAAGGAAGACAUCAAAGAUUUCUGGCUGGCCCAGGGUUUAAACGAAGCUAUUCCACUUCUAGAGGCAAGUUAUCAUUUGUUUGGUAUUUACGACAGCAUAAUAUACAUCUGCUUAAUUAUUUUGAGAGAGACCCACGUGUAUUCUGAACACUUAACUUUUCUCCAUCUUCCUUAUACUAUUAACAGAGGAACCUCAGCCAAAUCAGCACAAUAAAUAGAGCGUUUUCACUCAUGUGGCCAGCAUCUAUGCUAAUUUAUUGGAACAAAAAAUAGUAUUUGCAUAAGAAAAGAGAUCAACUCCCAGAGGAUUUUCUUGUACACCAACAUGGCCGCCCUUUCAUACGCCACUUCCACAUUUCCCAUAGUGCACCUUAUUUACCCCCCAAAAUUUUGCAUACGCAUUGUUUUUAUAAUACCAAGGAGAAAUGAAAAACACAGGUUUUGCCAAAAUUUUUUGUUUUUUUUUUGUUGGGGGGGGGGGGGGGGGGAAAAAAAGGUGCAUUAUGGGAAAUGUGGAAGUGGCGCAUUGUUUUGGAACACAGGUAUGGGCGCCGUGACGUUAUGUGAAAACGGUCUACACUAGUGAUGAUAAUUUUGGCAUUGUUUUAAUUCUCCACGUACCAGAAAAGCACAUAAUUACGUAUAUUAAACGAGUAUAUUAGUGAAGAGGAGAUGUUAAAGUGGCUAGAAAGAAGCAGUGAUGAUCAAUUGGCUUAUUUCCCUUUACUUAACAGAUCCAAGCGAAUUCUCCCUACAUUGUUGAAAACGGAAAUAGCAAAGUGACUGCUAACCAAAUUAUAUUAUUUCAACUUAAGUAAUAUAUUUUUCUUGUUUUAUUCGCAGCAUCUGGAAGUAGACGUGGAAGGUAAAUUAAGUCUUCAUCAGCUUACCAACUUAUUGGAGUCUGUCAUUGAAGAGCAGAAUAGCGGCGUGCCAAAAGCUGUUGUAAACAUUUACAAGCAUGACGUCGUGCAUUUAAGGUAAGUGUACUUAAUGCCACUUAAGACUUCCUAGGCUGUAUAAGUGCUUACAAAAGCAUGUUAAAUGUCAGUGUAUUUAGUGCGAAGUACGGAACUAAAUGACCGGGCUGUUUCAAGUACCUCAUUCCGGUGCCAUCUUGGUUCAAUGCACGAAGAGGGCAGGCGUCGGGUUUUAUAGCCCACCCCCGCCCCGGCCCCCGCCCCAGGGUAGAUUUGAUGUUCUUUCCCAAGUUGCACUCGGUGCUUUUUGAAAUCAAGAUGGCCGCUUACAGUAAGCGCUCGAUCUCGACGAUCUUAUGUAUAAAUGGGAAACUGCUAAUAGUCUAAUGCGGUCGUAUCCUGCGAAUUCAGCUUACUCAUCCUCGCUCCCCCCCGCAUGGGACGUUUGGCAGUCGGCGAGGUGUGAGUAGAGGCAGCUGUAUUCACAGGCUAACGAGGCCAAGGAUCCGGCAAACCCUAAACCUCCUUUUCUGCAGAUCAACUCUCUUCCAAUUGGGCUUAUCAAGUAGUCACAAAAACACGAAAUUACUUUAAUGUGUCGUGAAACCUUAUCUGGUGCUUCGUUUUGUUUCGUUUCUUUGUGCUGAUGAAUAUUUUUCGGUUCGUUUACUGCGUUAUAGGCGUCAUUUGAAUGGUCACACUGAUGGUUUACUGACUCAGAUGUGUAGCGGGAUUUAAGCAGAACCACUGCUAACAGUCUUUUCACACCGCGCUCUCUGGGGUCGAAGGCGAAAGUGAUGCCCUUGCGUUUUUCCCUUUUUUUUAGGACAAGGUGCAAAACUCUUGGAAAUUGUAUUGUUAUAAACUGAUGCAGACAGAAUUUUACUUCAUGGGAGAUGAAGAUUAAGUCUUGGUGAAACUUUGAAAUAAACGUAUGACUCAAAACAGGUCCUGCGCCUAGCAAAUAAACUUGGAAUGUUUUGAAUACAGUCGCGCUCAAAAGAUAAAAUUAAAGUUCGCUUGAAAAUGUUGCAAACAGCAGUUCACUUUAGGGCAGCUUCAUAGUCAGCUAUCAUUCUUUGUGAUAUCAGCUCGUGAUGUAACUCAAACAACAGUACAUACCUCUUCUUUACUUAUCCCUCACUCUCGGAUGAAGGCUGCAACUACCUUAACUUACAACUCUCCCUAUGACAUGAAAGGAAGAAUAAAAAUAUUCUCGGGGUUCAUAUGUCCUGCUUUUUCUACCGCUUCUUCUUUCUACAUUCUUUUUGCCUUUUCUAUGGUUUUGCAGGCUAUUAGCAGCUGCUUUAAGGCGAAAAUAUGUUGGCAUUUCAUUUCGGGGCGUAGCGUUAUGUCAUUUUUAUUUUCGCACGUGCUUUUGUUGUUUACAUGUGGCACCCACACGGGCGCGACACCCUGUCAAUUUCCAACGCGUUGAUUGGUUGAAUUUCACGUUGACGCCUCUUUUUUGGCGGGGUUUUCAAGGGCAGAGUGUUAAGGAAUUAAGUGAUCUCAACAUGGAACACUGUCCACCCCUUUGCAUUGUGACUAUGAGCGUUAAGAUUGUGCGCAUUAUUUCAGUUUAGUUUCCUCCGCCACGAGGUACACAUUCGUCGUUAUAGCUUCCAUUGGCGAUGUGUGGUCCGUAGGUGUAGAUAAAUUCGCUCAUCCAAAUGGCUACGUCGCCAAGACAAAUCGAAGGUAAAGAAUCGGUCCUGAGGUAUGACUGCGAUUCGGAAUCGUUUGUUGGGGAAAAAGACGCGAACAAGCUACUGUCCGAUUUCAUGACACGCCGUUCAAGGUAGCUAUAUUGAGUUCUGGUUUACUAAUUCUGCAUUUCUUGACAACUCGCGUAUGUACUUCUAAAUACACCACUGAUUUUCCAAAGAAUCAAUUUAUCUUGCUUCAGAAUCGGUUGCUUUGUCUAAUGUAUUGAAAUUCAAUCCUGAGUAGCUUUUUCUGUUUUCUUUGUUAUACUCGUUAAUUAUUAACAGACACCACGCGGUAUUGUUUACUCCUCGAAAGUUGCACUCUUUGUCAGUGUGCUUUCAAUUUAUUUAGAUUUUUACAAAUAGAAGAAUAAAAAAUGGCUUUUCAUGUGUAGGAUUUAAUUGCAAAAUGAGGGUUAUCGCUUCUCUUUUUAUCCACACACCCAGCAGUUAGAACCACCUUUUACAACAUGGAGAACAAUACCACAAGUAAAUGCUGCUAAAUAAGCUUUCGUUUGAAUUGCCAUAUUUUGACGAUUUCAGCCAAAAUUUGUAAAGCCAAAUAUAUACACAUGUAACCCUUUCUCAAACGCAGCCGGUAAAGGGAACUCGUGGAAUUUAUGGUGCAAAAAAUUUCACCUGAAUGGCCACUCUAGGAUUUCUUGCACCAGCUAAAAGGAAGAAUUCCGUGUAUACCCAUUUACGAUUGCAGUAGGUAACCGCUAAGUGGUUUCAUUUUGAUGGUGAAUUGCUUGUGCUUUGUAGGUUGUUUAAAAAAAUAGGACCACUUCUCACACCUGUCAAGUCAAUUUGAGAAACCAAUUUAAUAAUCAUCAUUUAAAUACAUUUCAAAGUAAUGUAUUUCUCUGUAUGAGGGCAACUGAAUGGUCUUUUCUUUAGAAGCUUACACCCUAACCGUUCCUUUUGUCUUCCAGGUCGCAAGUGGAAACAGUUUCCGCAGAGCGGGAUGCCCUCAAAGAAAAUAUGGCUAAAUUAACAGAAGAAAAACAAAUGCUUAUAGUAGAAAGCGAGGAUACGGCACAGAAAUUAGAAAAACAACACGAGACAAAACUGAGGUAUGACUGAGAGCAAAUUGGCUUUCGUUUCCUUGCCCUACGUUCUUGCAUUAUGCUACUGGUUUUGGUUUUUCUUUUUCGACAUUACAUUUUUGUACAUAUGAGGAGACUUGAAAUACUCUCUUGACAAACGUUUGAUCGAUUCCACCCUUUUUGUUAUGCAAAUUCACUGCGGUAAGAAGUGAAAAACGCUAGAAUAUAAAUUUUUCUGGCCGGUUUACGGAAAUUUUGAUAAUUGUUGAUAAUUGUUGGGAGUAUUUGAAGUGUUUUUAUUCGGGAACAACUUUCAAAGAACCGCUUAAUGGUUCAGUGGCUCUCGAUUGAGACAAUGACCUGCUUGUUUGUCAGUUCAAAAAUUCAGGUUGUUCACUUGUCAUCACAAACUUUCUGGUAGUACCUGUUAGUAGAGUAACACUUGUAUUGUCUUCGGUAACGUCGGCGGCAAAUAUAGGGAGGAUUAAUGUUCUCUAGUUUUAAACAAAAGGAGAAUCUUCUCCGUUUACUUGAACACACAAAACUGAAUUUGCUGGUAAUCAGUCCUUAACACACUAGCAAGCUACAGAUGUAUCUGGUUGAAAGUUGUUUUACUAUUGGCUGAUUCUGCGAGCGGGCAAGAUAAUAGCGAAUCCAAUAUUCUGAUCGGCUGCCCAAGUGGGCAAGGUGAGGGUUAGAUACCUUGCCCCCGCGGGAUAUCCCGCUUUGGGUCGCGCAAGAAUACAGUUCUCUUGGCAAUUUAAUUAAUAGUUUACUGACUUAACUUGUUCGGUCAAGAGGGCUUGGUAUUGGCCUAGUUCUUUUUUGGGGGUUUUAUCGAUCUCGACGAACUUUGCCAAUAUCAAACCAUCUUGACCUUAUAUGCUUGGUCAAUAACGCCUAUAUAGAGCAUCGCCUCAAAUAACAGAACGAUCAGGGAAUAAAAUUAUAGUUACUUAAAUUGUAGUUACUUCAGUUAGGUAACGUAGAAUGAAUUCAAUGAACUAUUUCCACGAACUGUCUUUGAUAAUAAGUUAGAACUGCAAAGAGAUGAAACAGUGGCUGGAACCCUUCACCCGUUUCUCCAAAUUUUGGAAUAAAUGUCGGGUCCGAUUGUUGCAGAUGGAUCAGUUUUGUUUUAUCUUAAGACUCGCAUAGGUGACAAAAAAAGUUGACAGGAUUUUCAUGCGGCAAAAACAGAAUCAUUGAAUUGUGCAAACCGAAUCCCAAUUUUAUGGAUUUAGGUCCUUGUGUGAUUGGUCGGAAGUUGUCAGACAUUUACGCUAACUUUCGUACAGUACUGGGUGGNGUUGCAGAUGGAUCAGUUUUGUUUUAUCUUAAGACUCGCAUAGGUGACAAAAAAAGUUGACAGGAUUUUCAUGCGGCAAAAACAGAAUCAUUGAAUUGUGCAAACCGAAUCCCAAUUUUAUGGAUUUAGGUCCUUGUGUGAUUGGUCGGAAGUUGUCAGACAUUUACGCUAACUUUCGUACAGUACUGGGUGGGAUACUUGUCCAUCGCGAGUUUCCCCGCCCCCCCCCCCCCCUGGAGUCAGACGGUUUCGUGUUUGUAACCGCCACGCUGUCUUUCCUCACGCUGAAAGAAGUAGUGAUACGUCUAGCCGAUUCGCGUUAACAGAUCCUGCUUUGCAUGCCCUGUGGCAUGCGAACUUUUUAACUGACCCAUUCCACUCAGAUUAGGGUAGGCUGGCUGAUACAGUUCUAUAGUCAGACCGCAGUCACUUUGUAUUAUCAGGUCACUUGCCAAAACUGAAAACGUGAUAUCGUACAUAGCUUCUUCAGCAAACCAACAGGGUUCCAACUAUUAUGGACGCAACUUAGAUGGUUUGUCUUUGUUUCCACAGGGAUCAGGAAUCGAUGUACACGGAAAAAAUGCAGAACUUGCAUCAAACACUGACCGAGGAGCGGGACAAAGUUUUACACAAUGCCAACCAACAGAGAUCCGUGUUGGAAGAAUCACUCCACAGCACUAAAACAGAGGAACAGCGGCUCAGAACCAAGCUAGCUGAGGCCGAGGAGGUGGGCAUUUUAUCUCUUUUGUGGUUGGUGGUUUAGUAUGCUAAUAUUUGUGACUUUUCCGGCUGCAAGUGCCAGAGUUCAUCAGUUUUUUUUUCUCGUGUAAAUAAGGUUGUUGGCUUUUGCGACAAGACCUCAAGUUAGCAGGGUUAAAGGUAUUAGGGACCUUUAGACUGGGCUACGAGUACAAACCAAAUUCUUCAUAAUUUUUUUUUUAUCACACUUAUCUUAUCCGUUACGUUUAUUUAUUGCUGGUUAGUAACAGGAAAUAGUUCUAGUUUGUUGGUUACAAUAAGCCCGUACGCGUUCUCGGUUUGGCACUCGUAGUCAAAUCUACAGAAGGCUACUUUUGUAGUUCCCAGUGCAGGGUGGAGCGGAAAUGUCAUAAUAGGCCAGAGCCGUCACUAAGGGACGGGCACUGGGGACCGGGGAUCUCCCCCAUCUGCAAUGACGAUGAUCCCCGCCUACUAGCGUGGGAAACAAAAGGGUAUUAGAAGCUAAAAAUCUUCCUAGAUGUUCACUUCCCCACCUAGGGACGAGUACCAGGGACCGGGGAUUUCCCCCUGCUACUAUGAGGAUGAUCCCAUCCUACUUGCCAGCAUGCGAGACAAAAGGAUAAAANGGUUACAAUAAGCCCGUACGCGUUCUCGGUUUGGCACUCGUAGUCAAAUCUACAGAAGGCUACUUUUGUAGUUCCCAGUGCAGGGUGGAGCGGAAAUGUCAUAAUAGGCCAGAGCCGUCACUAAGGGACGGGCACUGGGGACCGGGGAUCUCCCCCAUCUGCAAUGACGAUGAUCCCCGCCUACUAGCGUGGGAAACAAAAGGGUAUUAGAAGCUAAAAAUCUUCCUAGAUGUUCACUUCCCCACCUAGGGACGAGUACCAGGGACCGGGGAUUUCCCCCUGCUACUAUGAGGAUGAUCCCAUCCUACUUGCCAGCAUGCGAGACAAAAGGAUAAAAGAAGCAAAAAAUCAUCCUAGAUGUUCAAUUCCCCACCUUGGACGGGUACCGGGGACCGCGGAUUUCCCCCAGCUACUAUGAGGAUGAUCCCAUCGUACUUGCUAGCAUGGGAGACGAAAGGAUAAAAGAAGCAAAAAAUCUUCCUAGAUGUUCAAUUCCCCACCUACUACUUUACACCCGCCAACUUGAAAGCUUGUAGUGAGAGCCCCUGGUGAUCGGUAAAUGACGCUGUUCGGAAAAUAGACCGGUUUGUCACACACUUGCACAAACUCAGAUUAAUUUUUCGUUGCGGGGCGGGGUGCAGGGGACAAGGCUAAGGACUUUCCGAGGCACAUCCUUGUUAAUUCACAGCUACGUACACAGGUUAUGUUGGCAUAUUCUCUUUACCAUCCUUUCUAGUUUUGGGAAAACUUGUUAGAAUGAAUUUUUACUUUGGUAUGAUGUCGUCGAAAAAUCAUGGGAUUGAUGACAUGAUUCUCUGGUCUCUCGCACUUUCUUUGGUUAAUAGGAGAUCUUGCGGCUUGAGAAGGCGCUCUCUGAUUCCCAAGAGAAACUCACAGAUGCUGAAAACACCCGGGAGAGACUUGAAAAGGAAUUGGAAUCAAUGUCAGACCUGUCACAUAGGGUAAGUAGGUUAUAAGUCACGUGGUAUCCCCAAUGAACUGUUGGAUUUCAUUAGUGUGUUAUACGAUGCUACUGUUACACAAGAGACAAGUGAAACUUGUUUAUUCGGAUUACGAAUGAAGUACGUUCCCUUAUAAAAUGUUAACUUGAAAUAGGUUUAUUCUGUCUGAGCAAUUACAAAGCAAGCAAGCUAGGCAUUUAUCUACUUGACUCUCAACUGAUUCAAUUUAGGUACCCUAUCUAAAGAUCGCAUUAGGAACGCAAUGUUAAAAAGGGAAAAAACAAUGCGCAAUACAAGGAUCGAGACCCUCAAAGACCGUACCCUGUUAGGGCGGUACUUACCUUUUUAACCCAUAUAAAGGAGAACCCUUAAUAAAACAGAGCUUUGUUAGUACCAGUGCAAGAGAAAUGUGUUCUUAUCGGUAGAGACGAUGAGGUUUUAGCUGAUGUAUUGCCUGUCCCUUCUGCAGCUGGCUGAAGUUGAAAAACAGCAAAUCCUAAAACAGCAACAGAACCAGAAAAACAGCAAAAGCAUCCGCGAACUGGAGAGAAUAAAUCGGGUGAGUUUUAUAAUAGUCGUGUGUCUUCCACUACGUUGCUUUAAGCUCAAUGUCUUCCUCUUGUGAUUUAAGUCAAAGGGCGAUACUAGAGCGGGGAAAUAAACGACGAACACUUAAAACUGUUUUCUAAAUGCCUUGCAGUUGGUCUGCAAAUUGCAAAUUGUCUAGCAGUUGGCGUGAUUCGGACCUACUGCGCCAGUCUUAGAAGGACUCUGCCGCUCAUUUAGCGAUUUGAACACCUUGAGUGACUGCCUGAAAAAGGUCUCAGCUGGCUCACAGGCUAAACUUAGGACUUGAAACUUUUAGGCAAUGCUAAUAAAGAACUUUCAUUAUUAAACUUAAACUCGCUCUUAGAUUCCUUUUUUGCAUUGCAUGGUUCAACACAAGGAGGUCUUAUUAAGAGCUUCUAGAAAGCGCCGCGUGCACGUUGAGAGGUGCGAUGCAUAUAAUAUUCGAAUGUGCCCUUGUUUUGACGCGUUACCUUUUUGAAUUAAGUAAGGGUGCCAUUUAAUAAAUCGCCGUUUUAGAAACUUGAAUGUUAAAUCCUUUCAACUUCCCGUUUUGUCUAUCAGGAACUUCGAGACGAAAAUGACGAACUACGUCUCCAGUGCGAGGCCCUGACGCAGCAAGUGAACAACUCGGUCAAGCGACGACCAAGCCAUCGAAAACGACAGGACAGUCAGAAGGUCCAUCGGCAUGGUUCGGUUCUUUCCGACUACACGAAGCCUGUUGUGAUUAAGCGGAACAAGGAAGGUGUGACGUCAUCGGAUGAGUCCGAUACCGCUGACCAUCCAGACGGUACGCGUGUUCCUUCUGUGCGAGUCAGCGGUGAUGGCGGGUCAAAUGAGGACGCGGGUAAGCUGCACAAUUCAUGCACGCGCAAAGUUUUAAUCUCAUACUCUGCUCUAUAUUUCGGUGUGAACUGUUGUUUCAAGUGAUGUGUGACUUCAGUCAUUAUAAAGUGUGUCCACCGAUUAGAUUCUACAGAGCACCCUGCUUCGUUAGUCUCUUUCCUUGCUAGCCUUAAGGUAAGGUGAGUUACAAUAAGCGCACUUGCCAUAUUUCGCAGUUGCCGGGCCGCGUUGAAUUUCCGUCCUGUAAUAGUUGCUACCUCUUUGUAGAAAAUAUCAGGAAAACAAACUCUUCCUCUGUAUAUUCCUCCCCUUUCUCAGGAAAGGAUCCCUUUACCAGAAGAGGGCAUCGACUGUAGUCCUCAAAGAUUACCUCAAUUUAUUUGAACUCAAUUUAUUCUCUAAGUACUUCGAAUGCUUCUGAGUUUGAAUCUGAGACCUCCAAAGAAUACCGGAAUUGUCCAUUGCCAGUGUUUGUGAACACCUAACUUGCGAUCAGGCGUUCUUUUUCACAAAAAGGGAAGAAGAAACGCCUGAUCGCAGGUUAUUGAACACCGUGUUCUGUAACCCACCGAAAUAUACCUCAUUGGUAACACACUGAAACCGCUUUCACUUUCUUCUUUGCCGCUGACCAUUAGUGCUGAAUUGUUUGACCUGCCAACCGCACAUUGUUAAUUAGCAACUCACGUUUACUUUUAACAUGGCUAAUUAUUGUUAAUCUGUGUAAGUUUUAGUUGUGACUCGCUAAUGGUAGUAUUUUAUAACAACUAAGCGCACCACACCGCGAGAGAACUGAUGAGCAGCAUCACCGACCACGUGGCUUUUGUAGGAGUCACUGAGAGGUUUUGUGUUUUUACAUACGUAAUCAACCUUUGCCCUAAGCUAACGGAGUAAAAUGUAUCUCUAUAAAUGAUUCUCCUCUUCCUUUUUUUUCCCUUGCUUACAAGCUGUAGUUCCCAUUGUGUUCUUAAAUGCAAUCUCGUUUGCCUUUCACGAAGAGCACUUUCCACACGCCUUAUCAUUUCAAAACAUGGAUCUUUCUCUCAAAACAGUUUUCCUUUCUCUUGACGCAUUUUUUGUUUUCCACAUUUCCAAUGUGAAUUAGGAGUCCUAGUUUACCUUGAAUUCGUGACGGCCAUGGACUGGAUAUCCUAAGGGAGCGGAAGUUCCGGGUUCUAUUCCCGGCCGAAAUAAUACUCUACUCGGGGUCAUGUAAUUACUGCGGAGGGGUUUCCUCUCGCGGCACCUCUCGGAUCUAAUUCUUGUGGGACGUAAAUCAGCCACUAAAGAGGUACUAUCUUCUGGUAGUGACCUCCCCUAGAAUCUCUCUCGAGGCAACACUUAAAUCGGAACCUAGCGCUGUUUUAUUAUCCUUGUCAUGCCAGUGUGGUUAAAUUGCUUUAAAUCAACAUCUAAACUUCUUUCUCAUUUCCAUCAUAGUUGUUUUCACUGUGUUCGCCUUUAUCUUCUGUUCUUAUCUUUACGAAUCGACAGGUCAAUUUACACAUGAUGACGCUCCUCCUCUCCCGUGGUCCGUGGAAUGUGAUGAACAAAUCUUGUUCAUAAAAACGGAAGGUUUUCUUCUCACUUCUAUAUUCAUUUCUGUCCCGCUUAUGAUUUCCUCUCUUUGAUAAGGAUUGUUUACUUACACUUGUUUCACGCGAUGAGUAGAUACGCUAGCUCUGGUAUACUCUUGUUCUUUCAUCAGGCGCUGUUUUGAUGAAAUAUCCUCUGGAAUGUUUCUGGUCUGUCCUUUUCUUCCCUUUGCUCGCUUGAUUUGCCCAGCUAGAAGGACAUCUUAAGAUCUUAUUUUAAAAAUGCGCAUUUGCUCUAAAAUCAUGUCUGAAACUUGGAUCUAAUAAAGUUCAGCAAAGGCUCUGAGCGGCAUAAUAGUGCAUUGGCAUGAGUUGUACCUGAUAAUAAGCAUGCCGGGUUUCUAUAACCUACAGAACCGACUUUGUCUUCGUUAUCUUCUCUCCCUUUGCGCUUGAUCUAAGUUCCAUGCUUCCCUCGAGUCUACAAUCGCCUCUGAAACGUAAGAAACGUAGGCCGUCUCUGUUAGCAAAAUUAGAUCGAAUGUAAUUUUUAACGUCCUGCAAUGGUUGUAUUCUUGUGUAUUUUGCAGGUGACUCGCAUGAAUUGGCAGAACAAAAGAGUAAGUUUCUUGAUACAAAUCUUUACAUCACUUCUAACGGUUAUAAUCCAUACCUAAUGUCAGACCAAGAGGGAUUAUAAACCAUAUCCUUUUGUACCGCACAUACCUAUAUAGCUUAUAUGUGAGUAAUCCCCGGGUUACGUGAGAACGCUCGGCAGUCCCGGUUAUUACACCUCGUUAACCCUACACUUUAACACUCUCAUACUCUCGUAGGCGUUCUCCCUCAGAAGCUAAGAAUUAAUUCAACCCUAAAACAAAUUAUGAAUAAAGUGCACCAGGAAAAGUCAUUUGUUCGAACAAAAAACGAAUUGUGACAAGUUUUUGGUAUAGUUUAUUAAAGGGGAUUUGUCAUGUCAUUUGCUGUCUACGGACAGUAAGUAUGUAGUAGUGUAAAAGGAAACCAGUUUUUUAAUCACAAUGCUAUACCUGCAAAAAUCAUCAAAAAAUUGAAUUUNUGUGACAAGUUUUUGGUAUAGUUUAUUAAAGGGGAUUUGUCAUGUCAUUUGCUGUCUACGGACAGUAAGUAUGUAGUAGUGUAAAAGGAAACCAGUUUUUUAAUCACAAUGCUAUACCUGCAAAAAUCAUCAAAAAAUUGAAUUUGCUGCCCCAAGUUUUGUUUAUAGCAGAUACGUAAAUGAUAUUGGAGCCAUUUUAAGCUGAACUGGCUCCCAGUGGAAUAGAGAAGGGACUUAAAUUUGCUUAAGUUGACUUUUAAGCACUUCACGCUAAACAGUAGCCUUCAUAUUUCUCUAUAUGUAGACGUUUGCGCUCUUCGGGCUCUGUCAGAUUACAAGUUCCUCUGAAAAAAAACCUUCCAGCACACUGCGGCUACCCUUUUUAAUAACCUUCCUUAUAAUCUUAAGAAGUUUGACUAUUUUAAUGUAUUUAGUUCGCGCAUUUUUAAAUUCUUAAAGAACCAGGCACAGGCCGGCUUAUCUUAAUUGUACUUUAAGUUUUAUUCAUACGACCAUUGUAUAUACUUUCUCUUUUAAUCGUUAUUUGUUCUAUUAUUUGUUUUAUAAGUAACAGUUGAAGAGCCGUAAUGUGGAAACCCUGUUAUUAAACUGAUUACUUACUUACUUUACUUCUAUUCGGGCCUCAUUUUUUUUCUCACCUCCUGUGGAUGGACAUCUCACCUUGCACUGAGAUGGCCAAUAGGCCACUUCCGAGUUCCAAAAACCCUCACUUUCAAAUGAGGCCAAGUGCACAAUCUUUCUUGUGAAAAUGAGUUUUAUUUGCAUGAGAAUGAAAAAUAAUUUCCAUAUCAAAGGCUGAGGACUUAACCUCGUUUUGAUACAGAGGCCCGGGCAAACUCGGAAAUGGCUUAUUAGGAGAAAAAUCAGUAUGACCUCAAGUUUACCUGUGACAGAAAUGAAUUUGCAAUCUAAAAAUAUAAACUGAAUGAUCGUAGAUACAAACACUCACGGUGAAUUAAUAGAUCCUAAAGAAAAUAUUGAUUCACCUCUAUCACGGAGCAUAUAACUCAAUCCAUACUUUAAUAACUACUUUUCUAGCUUAUUAAACCCUUUCGCUUCUUUUUUCUUUUAAUUCAGAAGUCAUUGAGAAGCUCGAGAGUGAAUUGAAGGAAAAAGAGGAGCAGAUUAAGACUCACAUAGCCAAAGUUGAAGAACAAGAAUCAUCGAUCAGCGAACAAGAAAAACUAUUGUCUGAGCAGAAACAGUCCUUAACAGAAUUCCAGGAAAAGGUGCAGCAACUGGGUGACACGAUCAGACAGCAAGAAGGACAACUGAAGGAGCGAGAGGCAACUAUCCACGAGCUCAAGGACGAGAUCGAGUCACUCACAGGUUCUCUUGCGUCUGAUAGCCAAGAAACACGGAAGAGAUUCGACACCGAGUUAGCGAAUCUCACUGCGCAGUUUACAGGCGAAAUGGAGGGUCUUCAGAAGAGCUUUAACGUAGAAAAAGAACAGUUGGAGAAGGAGUAUCAAGCAAAGAUGAAAGACUUGGAGAGUUCGCUGAAGAGCGAACGGGAGAACCUCAGGAAUGAGNAGAAGGACAACUGAAGGAGCGAGAGGCAACUAUCCACGAGCUCAAGGACGAGAUCGAGUCACUCACAGGUUCUCUUGCGUCUGAUAGCCAAGAAACACGGAAGAGAUUCGACACCGAGUUAGCGAAUCUCACUGCGCAGUUUACAGGCGAAAUGGAGGGUCUUCAGAAGAGCUUUAACGUAGAAAAGGAACAGUUGGAGAAGGAUUAUCAAGCAAAGAUGAAAGACUUGGAGAGUUCGCUGAAGAGCGAACGGGAGAACCUCAGGAAUGAGCUGGAGGAUGGAUUUAGACAGGAGAGGGAAUUGUUGAUCUCCGAGUACGAGAGCGAGAAAUCCGAAAUGGAGGAGGAACACAGGGGCGAAAAAGAGAUGUUGGAAAAACUAUUCAAGGGCGAGCUGGACAAAGAAAAAGAAAAGAUGGAAAUGGAGCAGAGCCGCUUAAUGGAGAAGCUGCAAGUGGUGGAAAAUGACAAGACAGAAGUGGAGUUGAAGCUGUUAAACGAGAAAGCGGAGCUGGAACAACAGUUCAGGAUCGAUAAAGCCGAGUGGGAACUGCAGAACACAACAAAGGUAGCCGCUAUGGAGAAGGACAAACACGAAUGGACGAACCUGAGGUCGGAGCUCGAGACCGCACAUAAAGAACAGGUCAGCGUACUAGAGAACAAGUUAAGGAAAGAAAAAUCUAAAAUGGAGGAGGAAUACGGAAACCAGACUUGGGAACUUAAGCAAUCUCACGCCAAGGAGGUUGCAAGCCUCAAGCAGAGUUUUGUGGAGCAAAAGGCCGAAAUGGAGCAGAGGUUUACCAGAGAAAAAGCCGAACUGCGUGAAUCGUUCACUCGCGAGAGGAACGAAAUCGAGCAGAGAUUUGCUAGAGAAAAAGUAGAACUCACAGAAAACCUGGAAAACGAGCACAAUCACACGCUUGCUUUGCGAGAGGCUGAGCUGAAAAACGGUUUCUUGAAGGAGAAGUCGGCUUUAGAGAAGCAGUUCGACGAGGAACGAGCAAAAAUCGAGGAAGGUUUUCAUGAAAAUUCCACUCACAGCGAAUUGGCUUUUCAGAAAUGGAAAGCAGAAUUGGAAGAACAUUACACUGAAGAAAAGGCCAAGCUUUUACAGAACGCUUCUCGCGAGAAAGCUGAGUUGGAACAGCGCUAUAAACAUCAAAUAACGGAGCUGCAGCAAGCGUUUACUGAAGGAGAGGCCGGACUGAAGGGACAGUUGAAAAACGACUUCUUGCGUUUGCUGGAAAAACAUAAGGCUGAGUUAGAGGAAAGCUUUUCAAAGCAAAAAGUACAGUUGGAAGAAAGUUACUCGCGCGAAAAGGCCGAAUUUGAGAAAAGUGGCACUGUAGGUUUGCAGGAAAUCCGGGAAACUUACUCCCGUGAAAGAAAUGAACUUGAGGAGAGUUACCAGAGGAAGAUCAAGGAUCUUCAGAGAAAUUUCACUCGGGAGAAACAAGAGCUAGAAGAAGAGUACGUUCAGGAGAAGAUAGAACUUCGAUCUCAACUUGAAAAGGAAUACGCCACUAAACUCAAAACCGAAACUGAACUUCUUGAACAGACAGUAAAACAUCUACAAGAUGAAAUUAAUUUUCUUAAGGAGCAAAAGCGAGAGCUCGAGGCGAAAGUCCAAACGCUGGAGUUAAAAACUUUAACUCGCAGUGAUAAGGAAGCCGUAGAGUUGAAACUAACUCGUGAAAAGGUGGUUCAGCUGGAGAGCAAAGUGGAUGCUUUGGAGAAAGAAAAAGGACGUAUUCUGGAAAACAGCGUUAAAGAAAUUACGGAGCAGAAAGUUUAUUUGGACGAGCUACAAAGAGAGAAGGCGGCUUUGGAAAGGGAAACUCUAGAAAAAGAAAGGCAACUUUUAGAAGCGGAGAAGGUAGGUGCCUUUGUAAUAAUUUGCACUGACUGUUUUAGGUUUAACUUGACCUCAGUCAAGUUAUAUUUUGUAUCUGUACUUUGUGUGACCGGAUGUCGAUAGAAGUCUUCGGUUAACAGGCAGAUCAUACGAGCAAGUUUUGUUCCCUGAAUUGGCUUGUUUUUACGUGUUUGUUUUGUACUAAAACGGUUUCGUUUCAAUAACAGCAACCGCAUUGUUGUGCCCGCUGGUAGAGUGUAUUACAAGAAUUUGAUACAAACAUCAGUCUUAUCAACUGCGUUGAUAAAUUAAAUUUUCCACUUUAUUAACCCUUUAACUUUAAGCCCCAAUAUCCACACACAAAUUCUCCCGACUGAUGCCCAUAUAUUUUCCUAAAGAAUAAGUUGAGAGAAUUUGAUAAACGAUCAAGGCAUUUUGGCUUUGGUGAUCAUUUUGUUAGUUCUCGUGACUCCUUGAGUCCUUAAUGAUGUUUCGAUCUUGUUAAGAGAAAAUUUGUGUUGGUCACUCUUGGGUUAAAGAGAUCAAACAGGUGUCGUUUCGACGCUAGCAAUUCGAUAGUGGGUUGUGUGAGGUGCUUGGUUUCCAGUGAUCGAAUUUUCAGGUUUUAAAUUUCUUUGCCGUCGGGAAUUUACUUCGUUUAUACUGAGCCGAGGAUACGUUGUGUAAAUAGUUGGAGAUUUUUAUGCGGUUGGGUUACGAAGCAUGGUUCGCUCAUGUAACUCAUAUUCCGUGAAACAAGUCUCCUGUUCAACGUGUACCAUAUUAGGUGGCUAGCUAUUAAGUAAUGAUUCCGAUAAGAAGGAAAGAACCAAACGCAGUGAACACGUCUGAAUGCGAAAAGAUGCUAACUUUACUAUUGUCUCUACUACACUUCUGAUUGGUUUAACAUCAAAUUUUACGAAAUCUUCGCAAAGCACCAUGUAUAUUAGUGCCUUGUUUUCUAACCAACUUCGUUAUAACAAAAUCUCGUGAGUAUAAGUAACACAGAAAUCCUAUGUGAGGAACAUUUCAAAUUGUAAAAUUUUCUUGGCUAUUGUUUUCAACUCUUAUGAUUUAUCGAAAUCUUUUAAUGAAGUUAAAAUGCAUUUUAUUUGGUAAACUGCCUUUUUUUGGGUUUAUGCCUUCUCUGUGUGAAAAUGAAAACAUUCCUAUGUGAGGAAAGCGUAUUGCGCCAUAACAAAAGAAAUUGCUCCCCGUCUUACCCGGAUCAUUACUUAAACAAGAGAGCAGUCAAAAGAUGUUAGGGCAGGCUGGGGGAAAAUGAAGGUUGAUUACAACCACGUUCUUACCACUCGUUUGAGCGAUUAUCCUGUCUGGUUCCUCUUUCUGUCGCCUUGGGCUAUUGAAGCAGUUUUGUACAAUUCUGCCAUUCGUAUUUUAUCCCACGAUUUCGAUCUUGUAUUUGUUUGUUUGUUUCUAUUGUCCCCUUUUUUAUUUCUCAGUGUUGCAGAUGGAUGCGUGUAAAUAUCAAGUUACUUAAUGAGUCCACUUCUCUCACAAUUUUUUUGGAGAAUUUUUUUCAGAGUUUUCUAGCACGUUUUAUUUUAGUUUCGUCAACGUUAGGUGUAGAGUCUUUUAGUAAGCUAUUGACACUUUGUUGUGAAAGGUGAAGAGUGAAGGAAUGGGAAGACAGGUCAAAGAACUUCAGCUUAAAUCUGAAGAGAUGGAUUUGCUUUUAAAUCUACGAGCCUCCGAAGCGGAGGACUUGGGAUUGAAACUUCGUAACAGCAGCUCUGAGAAGGAAAGAUUAGAAGAGACUUGUAGAAACAUGGAAUCAGAACUUCAAGAAGCCAAACUAAGAGUUAACGAGCUGGAAGUAAGUUUAAAUUUGAGCAGUUCUGAAAAAGGGCAGUUGGAGGAGAAAUUGAAGGAGCGCGAUUCCCAGCUGAAUGGUUUGGCUUCAACGGAAGCUGAACUUAAAGAUAUCAUGAACAAAAGCCAAGAGAUUGAGGACAUGCUACGCACCCGUGAUCUAGAAAACCAAGAAUUGAAUAGAAGAUUGCUAGAGAACAAUGCAGAGUUAGAGAGUGAAAUGGCGGAGCUGCAGACCGACUUAAAGAAUGCUGUAGAAAAGUCAAGGGAGCUGGAUGCGUUGUUAACGGUCAAAGAAACUGAAAACCGUGAAUUACAGAAAAAGGUUAACGAGUACAACAAACAGAGGACCGAGCUGGAGGAAAAGGCUGCUCAGCUUACCAAUCAGCUCGCGGACGCGGAGACUGUGCGACUCCAAGAGCUUAAAACACGGGUGACCGUUUGGGAAACUGAGAACAAAGAUCUGGAGCAGCGGCUGAACCAGCGCAACAAGCACAACAUGGAGCUGGAACAGAAGCUGAAAUUGCUGACCAAAAGGAUUGCUGACAAAGAUGACGUCAGAGUAAGGGAACUUGAGCGCAUGCUUGGUGUGCGGGAAAGUGCCUAUAAGGCUCUGGAACAGAGGUUUGAGCAGCGCGGAGAUGAAACAAGGCAGUUGGAAAAACAAGUGACGCAGCUGACUCAGAAGCUGGCGGAUAUGGAUCACGUGAGACAGAAGGAGUUUGAAAUUGAGAAGGUCCCGUCAACUAUUGGUGUUUAUUAUUACUAUUUUGUUGUUAAUUGCUUUUGACCCACUGCGUUUAACUGUAACAAUAGCAGCUAUCUCCUAAUGUUCUUAUGUGUGGCAAAGUAAUACCUAACCAACUUAUACAGUUAAUGUGUGGCCUAUAGAGGAACUCCUAGCUCCUUGAUUUUCAAAGACUUUUAUCAAUUAAUACAGCUAAUGUGUCGCGUGUAGAGGAGCCCUUACAGCUCCUUAGCUGGUAAAGGCUUUUUAAAGUUCUUUCUUUGUUCUAUAACUGCAUUCAUCUUUGUAACACUCUUAUUGUGUGGCAGUUCCAUAACGCUUUUUAUUGCAAUAAUGACCACUAAUUUGUGUGAAAACAAAAAAACAUAACAUAACCAUAAUUCCGCUACCAAACAACUUUUUAAAUCGGCGUUUCAGAAGCAGCCUUUCUCAGCAGACAGAAGACUGGAGUACAUCCGGGACAUGACCCCGGGAAUUGACGUGACAUGCGUCUCUUCGCUCUGAACACAUAAACAGUAGUUACCGACACGAACCAUAACACUCCGUCGUUUAUUCUAAAUAGUAUAAUAAAUAUAGGCAACAACGACAUAAUGCCUGACCUUGUCGAUGACUUUAAAGACGAUUUUAAUGCUGUUUCGACAAUUAGAACAAGUAAAACUGUAUUAAAGCUUGACGAACAGAUUUAAACUCCCGAUUGUUUAAAUAUAAUAAAAUGUUAAGCGAACUAUUUUAGAAAUGAAAAUGAUUAAGGAUGAUUAAUUAUUUAUGUCACGGUAAUUUGUUUUUUUUUUCUUUGUAUAUACGAAUAAGGGUGUACCAUAUAUAAACCAAGGGCGCAGAAACGCGAGUAAUUUAAAAACCUGUUUUUUUCAUUAAAGCAAACUGUUGUUAAAAAUUUAGCAAAUCAGUUUUAACUCAACAUUGUUUUUAAUGGAAAAUCAGCACUCUACAUGAAUGUAAAAAUGCUUUGUUGUAGCCAUUAAUUUGAUAAAAAGUAAUGACCGAAAAACCCGACUUAACCCUAAUAUUAAACUGUGUUUUUCCCAAGAAGAUAUAUUCCAAUCAACGACUUUUCAGUCGUAAAGUAAAAAAAUUAAUUGAAACACGCCGUUUUCAUUCUUACCCGUACAACAAGUAGCGCAAAAAAUAAUCACAGCAAACAAAAACGUGACUUGUAAAUUUCGCUUAUAACAUAACAGCGCUUGGUGUCUUUUUGUGGCCAAGUUAAAAGGGUGCUUCCAUAGGUAGUGGUUUAAGUUCGAUGUCGUAGCUUUGAUAUGUUCAAUUUUGCUCUAAUUUAAUGGCUUGAAGCGUUCAGGCUCCUGCCUGCUGCCCACAGGCUUGUAUGCUCAUGGUUAAUACCUGUGUUUGUGUGUACAGUGUUUUUAUUGAUAAUAGUGAUGUGGAGCUUUUGUUUCUUGUAUCCCUCUAUUUCUGCCGUAUCUGAUGUUAUGUGAACUAAGUGUUGACGCUCGUUUGUCACCUUCAGCUUUAAUGUACGCUUUUAAUGUUUGGAACUUAUUUAAUACUAUCUUUCUCAGGUUAUUUUUCAUUAAUUGUCAUUAAGGUCGGAACACACCAAGCGACAAGUUCUUGCAACACGUUGCGUGCGGCGACACGUCGCUGCGACAAAUCGUUCUGUGUGUACUGGAGAAUUUUUGUGAAAAUCUUUGUCUCCGCAACAUAAUUUUGUCGCGGCAACAAGUCGCAAAAAAUCAAAUCAGACUGAAUCUGUGCGACUUGUUGAGGCGACAAAAUUCUGUUACUGAGACAAAGAUUUGCACAUGAAUUCACCAGACGGAGUACGCACCAAGCGAUUUGUCACUGCGACGUGUCGCGCAACUUGUUGCAGUAACUUAUCGCCCGACCUGUACGCACGGAGUGAUUUAUCGCCGCGAAGUGUUGCAGCGACAUGUCGCCUAGUGUGUAUGUGUUUCACACCACCGAACGAAUUUUCGACCGGCUGAAAUAUUUGACCGAACACUUCGUUCACACGGGACUGUUCCAAGAUUUUGCCUUUAUUCACACUGAAUUUUGAACAGCAAAGCGUUUAAACUUUCGUACGGUUAAGGUGGUUCAGUGUGAACUGAACACCAAAACGCACCAAUUUUAACCCUGUCGAAAAUUGGACGAGUACCUUUUGAACGUAGCCUAAUUGGUAUUGUUAAAUCCCGUUUUGUGGACACCUGGUGGCAAAGGCUUCCUACUGCACUGGGGCUGGAGUUCAAUCAUUGCAUCUUAUCAACUUUCUUGCGAUUUUAUUGGAUAAAACACAUCACAUGUUAAAUAGUCUGUAGGGAUCAGGAAAGUGCGUUUUGAAAACAAAUUGAACGAGUUUGAAGAUAAUUGGCUGCUUUAUAGGCUACUGGUACAUUAAACAAAUCAAAGGUGUCCUUACCUAACAGAUUAUCAGAAUUUCACAUCUCAAUGGGAGCUUCGCCUCCGCGAUCUUUAAUUUACCAAGAGUAAAGGAUGAUUUAUUUGCUAAAAACUUCCCUGUUAUAACGGGCUUGCUCUCCAAGUUGCCGAUACUGACCAGUUUAGUUCCCGAAGGUGUCCACAAUAUCGGGAUUUGACUGCACCUCCUUGAUUAAGACAUCUCUUACAUCACCCUUUUGUUGGCCGGCAAUCAGAUGCAGGGGCGGGGCUCUCACAAGUCUCUUUCAGGGGGAAGAAACUGUUUUGACUUUCUCACAUUUGAACGCAUACCACCCCGUUAGGAGAUAUCGUUUCUGCUACGCGACGGGAAGAGAAGACACACCUUCCUUGAGGGGCUCUCUUUAUAGAUGUAUCCACUCUUUGUUAAAACUCUUUAGGAGAGAGUCGUUAUCAACAAUGCACCUCCUUAAAUGGUAUUAUUCAAUUUUUAACAGGCCAGAAAUGAUCUCAUCACGAUGGAGAAGAGACUGGAAGAGAUCCAAGGAAAGAAGCAGGUGUUGGAAAAAGUCCUAAACGAAAAAAACUCAAAAGCUAAUACUCUUCAAGAGGAGGUUUAUGUGCUAAAAGAAAGACUGGCCAACGCACAGGGAACAUAUAAGAGAGAAAUGGAAACUGAAAAGCGGAAGGUAUGUGUUAACGGAUUUACUCAAAGCAGAAAAUAUUUGUCACCUUCAGGGUUUAUUCCAGAGCGCGGCCUUGCGGGACUUCCACAAUUUGGAAAAAAUACGGCAUAAGAUUUACGUUGUCGCGUCUAAUGGGGCGCAAAAAAAUAGACCCAAGCAUAAGUACUAUUUUUUUUUAAAUAAAGUAGUCGAAAACAUCUCUGACCAUAACACUGAUUAGACGGUCGCUGUAUAAACUUACUUUGAACUUUUAUAGCCUCUUACUGCUUCAAUUACCUUUCUCUUCUUCGUUUGAGUCAUUCCUUCACCAGACAAACAUCCGGGGUUUUGCAGUAGUUCGAGCCCAGGCUUUUUCAGUUGCCCAGAAUAGUCUGUACCAAUAAGUUCAAAUACCUUUUGGGCGACCCCCUUUCUUGAAAAAGGGCCUCCUAAAAUUACAGAAGGGGGCCCAUUUGACGCUCUUUGGCCAGUUUCUAGAAUAAACCCUGUUCACCACCCGUCUUCGAACAACCUAAAUAAGUUGAAUUGUCCUUCUGCGACGUUUUGCCAGUUCACAUUAUACCUUGACGUUGUCAACUAAUUCCUGUAAAAAAAUAUCUGAAUUCUAAAACUGAAGUACCAGCGAUAUUCACAUAUAGGAUCAUUUUACUACGACCACUUAGAUACUUUGCAUACUUUGAACCGAAAAUUCGGGUUCAUGAACAGCCAAAAUUCGUUUUUGAGAAAUUAUUUGUGAUUGGAUUGUGUUCUCACUAAUACCACUUCCUGCACAAUACGUGUUCACUGUGUCAAUUUAAAGCAGGUGAGGGUAAACCUGGGUUAAUUGUAGCUUACGACCUACAGCAGUCGAAAGUCAGAUUGUAGGUCGCAGCAAGAUUACCUUAAUGUGCUUCGAAAAUUCUUACUUCUUGGAUUUUCUAACGUCUACGCAUAAUGUAGAAUUUAUGAAACCCAUCUUUUCACCGUAGAUCUUUUGUGUUCUGUGUUUCUUUGUUAUGUCCUCCUUGUUUAUUAUGUUAUAAUGCGUGCUUUGCAUCGAAGCAGUUUGUUUGUAUGUGUUGUAAAGUUUGGUUUGCAGCUUGCAUUACGUUAAUUGUGUGACGGUGUGUGACAUUUCGUGACGUAACAUGACGUAACUUGACGUGUUAUAUGACGUGUGGUAAGAUGUGUCCUUACAUGUUGGUAAGUCAUUUCGUUACUCUGCAAUUCUUUUUUGUUGUUACCAUUGUGUUUGUGGAAGAACAAAUUAAUUCUUCGUUCGGAUGUUCUUUUCUUGUAGGCUGCACUUGCAAACACUGAGCUGAUGACAAUGAGGUCGCGUCAUCAGCGUGAGGUUAGCGAUUUGAAAGAACAGCUUCAUCGUGCAAACUUGGCGAGCGAUCGGGAUCAAGCGCUCAGAGAAAAAGUCUUCAACGAAGCAAAAGCGGAGGUUAUGGCACUGAGCAAGAAGGUGAGAGUGAAGUUUCAUUCCUUCAAAGCGGGGCCAAAUAGUCACGAUAGAUGAAGAACAUGUUGAAAUGUGUAGUGAUAGUCGAUAAAAGUUUUCCCCAUUGGUCACGUUCAUGAUAGUCGAUGGAAGUUCGGUCAGCUUUUUCUCGCCUUUUUCGUCCAUUCAAAAUGGCGGACCCUCUCUACGUAAGGCAAAACACAAUGGAAAAAAUGACUUUAGGUAUUUACAUGUAGGAUAUAAGGCUAUUCUGGUGGUGAGAAAAAUGAUAAAACGGCGAGAUUGGCCUCCUGGCGUUUUUCUUUAUAGUCCAUGCAGUAGUAUACAUUGGUUUCGGCUAUCAUGGUCAAUCACGCGCUAUCAUGAUCUGUUUGGCUUGAAGCCAAGGUAUUGAAUGAUAGUUAAGAAUAAUUGAAACUAUCAUCAAUCAUCAUGCCCGUUGGGCCCGGCCUGUAGUUUCCAUAAUCGAAGACUGAGCUGAUUAAAGAGAAAACGGUGGGUUUUGUUAUUACAUUCAAUCAAGGUAUUUAGCAGUGAGAGAUCCCAUUUGUGAGUGUUUCAAAGGUGAAGACCUCUUAGUGUCACUGACUCACGUUCAUACUUCACAUGUAGAAUCACAAAAAAGUAAUCAAAGGAAAGGCAAUUUUCCUGCAAAUUAUCGACUUGGUUAAAUGUUUUCUUGUUGGGUUAUUGCGUCCAUUUCGUUCCAUAACCCCUACAGUACUGACUGAAAUUUAAACGGGAAACUAAGAUAGCGUCUGAAUAAAUAGCGUCUAUUUCGACAAAAGAUAUAUAAAAAAGUAGAUCAGUUAUUAAUAGUUCUGUAGUUAUAAACCCUGUUAGUGCGUUUUUGCUUACUUGCGCCAACAAAAAGAGAAUACGACUUUUGAAGGCCUAGCUCUAAAAUCCUUUGCCAGGCAUUUAUUUCUUGUUCUACGAAACGAAAGCCCGUAUGAUAUUUAUCUUAUUAGCUACGGAUCCUUGUUUUUUCGGGCCAUAAAUCGAAGAAAAACCUUCGUUUUAAAUUUACAGUACGGACCUCAAAUCUGCAAAAAAAAGUAUGUUCAAGUUAUCAAAAACUUUGGUGUUUUGGGGGUGUAGGUCUUAUUGAUUAUGCAAACAGUGCUGCCGAAAACGCUGUCCAUUGGAUUUUCCGUUUCAAAAUUCCUGUUUCGUUGUUGAAAAUUUUGCCGUAACAAUGUUAAUGUUAGUUAUUGCGCCCGUUGUUAAAAGAAAGGUAUUUUCAUCAUUCAGCUCGAAGAAAAGACUCGAAGAUUACGAGAACUUGAAAGUGCUAGUAAUCUAUGGGAAGGACGGAUCAGGUCACUGGAAAAAGAAAAAAUGGAGUUGCAAAAUCAAGUGAAACAGACUAGAGAAGCCUUGGACGAACACGUGGCGAGACUCAGUAAACAGGUAGACACGGAUUGCUUUAUUAUUCAUUCACAAAACCUUUUCAUCUACCUGGAACUUCCUCUAAACAUCUGUUAAAUCAUCGCAGUUAUACCUUUUAGCUGUUACCUAUCUGCUUUGCGCCUUGUAGAGCAUAAGGAGUAGUUACAGGAUAUGAACAUAUGUUUUUUUCUUUCUUGAUAUUCAUAAUGAAUUGGUGUGAUAGUAUUAGGCAGUACAGUGACCUGACACCCUAUAUUAAGCGAACGAAUGGUUCAGUUUGUUUCAAACUUUUCCUCAAUUAUUUCUUGUUAAAAGAACCUAUAUUAAGAGGACACCUCGAUGAAGAGGUCAACAGAUAAGGCCCCUCGGGUGUCUGCUUAAUACAGGUUUCACUGUAAUUAGGGGAGUUCGUCCUCGAGAAGCGUUUGAAAUGUUGCAGCCAUUUUGAUAAGCUUUGAAGCUGUACAUGAAUGGAACGGUCAUCUAGAAAUUUUUAGCCGUCCUCAAGUAAUAGAAAGUUCUAGGCAAUAUUUGCUUUUCCGAACAGAUAUUUUACAGAAAGCAGUCGUUGGGUGCCCCUGUAUAAUGCCUCCUAGCUAGAUUAGUGUUUAAAGUAUUUUGUAGGUGGCUUUAUGUCUUACUUAAGUAGUAUUGUCUUUUUCCCUCUCUUCUCUUCUGUGUGCUGUAUAAAAAUAAAGUUCUCGUCUUGUUUUGUCUAGCACUGCUGUGGUGUAGCACUUGUACUAGCUGAGAUAGUAAUUUUCUUCUUGUUAUUUAUAACUUCUGUGAAUUAGUGAAUUCAUAAGAAUGACUCCUUUUUUGGGUUUUCUUGGCAGCUCCAACAAACAGAGAUCAGUGCAACACGUUCAGGCAAUCUCGUUCAGGAACUUUACAUUGAAAAUUCCAAACUGACCAAAGCCCUGCAACAAACGGAGGCCAAUGAGAAGAGAGCUGAGAAGGCAAACAGGCAACUAACAGAGCAGAAGAAAGCUUUGCAAAGGGUCAUCUCUAAACUAUGUGGAGCCAACGCCAUUGCCUGAAAACAAGUAGCUGUCUUUUUUGUUACAUCGUGAGAAAUAACUUCGUGUACGUGUAUGGACAGCAUGAACUGUCAACAGCCAUUCUGGUCCUUAUUACGUCAUCCUUCACGACCUCAUACGACUCAUACGUAAAGACAUCGCUCAUGUUAUGACGUCAUCAGAGCCAAUUCCUGAAACGCAUUCCUAUCCCUUUAUUGGGUGCAUGCUUUGCGAACCUCUUUAAAGCUUCUAACAAGAAUGCGUGGUCUGGCUCCAAAAUGAAAUAUUUGGACUUAUCUUUCAAGUAUUUAUACAGCAUUUACUGUAUGUGCGAGAAAACGAACAAACGACCUAAUUUUACAAAGAGGUUUCCAACUUUUUGAUAUAUACUAAAACUUUCCAGGCGGACGUGGCAAAUCACAAUUAACGUCGAGUGAAUUGAUCAUCAAGACUAACCUAUAGACCUAAUUAACAUCCAUAGUUUAAAAUAUUUUUGUAAUGUGAAUUUCAAUUGUAUUUCGUACUAAUCCUGUAGAACUGCUAAAGCAAAAAGAUUGUCAGAACAUAAUUUUAUAUAUUUUAUAGUUUUUGUCUAAUGGAACGACAUGUAAGGUCACUUUUCCUGAAACGCUUCAGCAAUUGCAGAAAGCUACUUUUGGCCUUUCGAAUAUUGCUGUUUUCGAACCAUUUUCAGCAUGCAAGCUGAUAAAAUUUUAACAAAAUUGUGACCACAGCUGUGACAGCUUUUGUACAGCUAACGUAUAUUAACAUUUUUAAGGCCAUUAAGGAGAAUUCGUCUAUCAGUCCAUCAACCUCCCAAGCUCUUCAAAUCUCAUUCUGGAAUUAAAAUUUUGUUUCAGACUGAGUCCAACCAAAGUUAAUAGAGUGGAAUGGUUAUGAAGCCCGUCAGACUCUUUUGUUGAUAUGUUUUUAUGGACCCGACGGUACGCAACGUUCAAUAGCAUUCCUGUCAUUGAUCUUAUUGGCCGCUAAAAAUGUUGUAUUAAUUUAUUCAGUAAAUUUGUGAACAGAAAACAAAGGAUUUUGCACCAUCAGGGAGCUUUCAACAUAACACUGCAGCACUGCUGGUUUUAUCUUUGAUGUUUGCUGCCUAUCAUAACCAGUCCUCUACUAACUAUGGUCCAGCGAAUUCAAAAUCAAUAAUUACCACCAUGAACGUAUUCAUAAGUACAUAUUAAUCAAGCUCAGUAACACCAUUUGUAUAAUUAUGUAGCCAAUGCCCUUUCUUUCAUACAUAGUAAAUAAAACCCGCC